AUGAAUUCAAACCGCAGCAACAGUCCAUUUUCGUGGGUCGAGAUAUUCAAGCUGCCUUUCUCGUGUGCCACUUUUAUACAAGCUUUUACGAUGCUGUUUAUCAGUGCAUCCAAUCCUUCUCAAGGUGGAAGCAAGAGAUAUUCCAUCCCCCCCGCCGUAUUCAACUUCUUUCUGAUAGGUUUCCCAGCACUUAUUGUAGUCGUGUCGCUGUACUUGGUCGGAUACAAAGUGGUCUCAUUUCAGCAACAAGAUGCCUCAUACAACUUCCUAAUUAACCUACUCGCAGAUGCUGGCAAUCUAUGGGAUGGAGGCAAUCUAAUUCUAGCAGACUCGCAAAAAGCUUCGCUUCAAACUGCGUAUGAAGUCUUCACCAGACACACAUUGCAGAAAAACGAAAGCAGGUUUCGCAUAGGUAUAUUUUGGUCUGUCGUGGAUAUUCCCGCUAUCGUGUUUUAUCUUGCUGGUGUUUCUGCGUUGGUUACGACAGUUUACAAGCCCAUCAAGACCCCUAAACAGUUGCAAACAAUACCCUACAGUUUAGAUGAAAAGAUCAAAUUACCUCCUGUGCAGAUGUUCGGAAGUGCACCUAUCGUACUCAAAAAGGAAAAUCCGAACCCGUUAGCACGGAGUCUAAAAUAUUUAUGGUUCCAUAACUUAGCGAUGUCCAUAGCACUCUCCAUGGACUUAGCAACCAGUAUGAUUUUCUAUCUCAACAACGACAACCUCAGACAGCUGCGGAUGGCGGGGAAGUUCCUUAUUACAAAUCUGUUGAGUGCAAUCUUCAUUCUCCUUGCACUGGUUAUUCUACUGGCUCGAAUAAUUGGAGACGGAGAAGAAGCGAAGAAAUCAGCUGCUAAAUGCACUAGCGACUACGAGGGCGGUCACUCUGGAUCAUUGAAGUUGGUACCUGAGAAGAAGUAG